AUGCCUGGCCAACAGGGCAAUUUCGUGGUCCCAGAGGAGUCGCCUCAUGAAGAGACACGGGUUGAUGGGAUCCGAGUCCACUCUCUGGUACAGAGCGAGACAGGCAUGUCCAUUCACGGCCCUGCCUCUGCCUUUCAUGUGCCAACGUCAGCACGAUCGGGGCCGAGCUUUUCCAGUACAAUCGGAGACAGUCCUGCAUCGGCGACCGGGACUCAACCUUUAAGCCUUGAUCAGAUACGGCAAGAGCUAUUUGCAUUCUCUGCGUUGGAGUUUCAGAAGGAAUAUACCUACAUGGUAGAAAGGAAGAUCGACUUUGACGGGCUUGAUUGGGAAGUCGCACAUCAUUUGCUCGAGCUGCACUGGAAUCAUCAUCAUCUUGGCUUUAUGGGCACUUACCGACCGGCGAUUAUGCACAGCCUGGCUACCCACGGCCCUCACUGCAACAAGCUCCUGCUAAACGCCCUUUUUUAUUCGGCGUCGCUGCAAAGCAGUCGACCGAACAUGAAUGACAGUGCGUCCUGCGUGGAAUCAUAUGGAGCUCGGUUUUUCCGUCGCUUCCAAUCACUGUUGGCCACCGAAAUCCAGACCUCUACAACUACCAAUAUUGCUGCCCUGACGUUUAUGGGUUCUGCUUGCGUGUCCAACGGAAAGCAGACAAUUGGCUGGCUAUUCGCCGGCAUCGCAUAUCGCAUGAUUGUCGACAUGGGGCUUCACAUUGACCCAAACAAGCUGCCAAUAUCCAGCCUGGUGCCUGGCAAGCCUCAGAUUCUGCCGACUUCUGUCGAUCUCGAGAUCCAACGCAGGUACAUUUGGGGAGCUUAUCUCCUAGAUAGGUUUCAGUCCCUUUACUUCGGCCGACCUCCGGGCCUCAACAUGAUCAAAGGUCUUGAGCCAUCGCUGGAGCUUUUGGAUACUUACGAGGAGCUGGAACUCUGGAAACCAUAUGUUGAUCCGUUAAGUGCGGAGAGAGUUCCCGACUUCUUGCCGCAACCAUCACGAGCUCAAUCAACCAGGACUGCGCUCAUUGGGCUCGCUACAAUAGCUUCAGAGAUUAUAGAGCGCUUCUAUACGCCCAAGGUCGGUGAGUUGUCUAUCGAAGACGCGAGAGCUGAGGUACAGUUGGUCCAACAACAACUGAGUUCAUGGGAGGAAACACUACCCACCACCCUGCGAUACGAACCCGGUGAUGAACCAGUUCCGCCACCGAUUCGAUUCAACUUGCAUACAACUUUCAGCCUCCUUCAUAUCUUGCUACAUCGCCCCUUCUUACGGGAGGGACAUCUGGAGGCGCUUAGUGUCGACGAGGCACUUUACCGGGGCAGAUGCGUCUCUGCAGCGCUGCGGAUUUACAAACUGGCCAAGAUAUAUCGCGAGGUGUUCACCUUGCGCCGCGCCACCUAUCUUUUUUCUUAUGCCGUCUUCUCCGCGGCCACCAUCAUCCCUCAACAUUCGGUGAUUAAUCUGAGCUCUUCGGAAUGCUUGGAGAUUGUUGUCUUCUUUUGGAAUGCCCUCAAGGAGCUCCAAAACGGGGCAAAUUUUGGUCUGCGGAAACCCAUCACCAUCAUCAAGGGCAUGUUUGAGCGUGCAGGAAUCGAUCUGAAUGUCUUGGCCACUAUGCAGAAGCAGGGACCCCACAACGUCGACAACGGAACCACAGAUCAGAUGGGGCACACCACUCAACGGGACCAGAAUCUCCCAAGCCUGGCCGAGAACUGGCUCGAUGGGCUGGCUGACGAGCAAUAUCGAGAUCUCUAUAACGAAAUCUGCGCAGAAAACAUCGAUUGGUCUGUAUAUGUCGAUGACGUGGGCGCCAACGAAAAUGAUGAGUUGCUAUAUGGCCUGUUUCGGUCUGGACGUGAAGGCGAAUUCGGAUAG